CCGUUGCCACGGCAACAGUAACUAUUGACAAAAUUCAGACAGUUUUUGAAAUAAUUUUACUCCGAAUAAAAUAGAAUAGUAAAAAAAUGUUUUUGUGAGUAGUCUCCCGAGCUGGUGGAAGGAUGAAGUUGUUGAGGUUCCACUUGAGGUACCAUCCUCCAGGGAUCACCUUGGAGUAUAUGCAGAAGGGCAUGGUGAAAAGCAAGGAAAUUGAUUUACUGGAUUUAAACGCCAAUACAAACACCAAAGAGUUGGCGUUCCUGCUGUACCAGAAGGAGCCGCUGAUCACCGAGGAGGUGCGCGACCAGCUGGAGCAAUGCCUCGAGGUGCUGAAGAAGAGGACGGAGCACGAAGGUCCCACUGGCAAGAGGUUCUACAUCUACAAGACGCUGAUGACCCAUGUACUGCCGCUGACGAACGUUGCUUUUGAUAAAACUGGGAACAGAUGUCUCACCGGGAGUUACGACCGCACUUGCAAGGUGUGGGAUGUGGAGAGUGGCAAAGAAAUGCAGACCCUGACGGGACACCAGAAUGUCGUCUACACCGUCGGCUUCAACUUCCCAGCAUGUAACCGCGUACUCACGGGAUCCUUCGAUAAAUCAGCUCGUAUCUGGGAUCCAGAAACUGCUGAGUGCCUGGCGACACUGUGGGGCCACCGCGGCGAGGUGGUGACCUGCCAGUUCAGUGCCAAGGGAGAUCUAGCUGCCACCGGCUCCAUGGACCACACUGCCAAACUGUUUGAUGUCAAUACAGGAGCUGAAAUCCACACAUACAACGGGCACACUGCCGAGGUGAUCGCCCUGCAGUUCGACCCCAACGAGGGACAGCGGCUGAUCACGGGCUCCUUCGACGGCACCAUAUCCAUAUGGGACACCAGGGUCGAUGAACGAGUAUCAGUGCUCCGCGGCCAUGACGGUGAGAUAUCCAACGUGCAGUUCAACUGGGACAGUUCCCUGGUAGGCUCCUCCUCACUCGAUGGUAGUGCCAAGCUGUGGGACGCCAGGCAGAGCUCCUGUCUGGCCACCGUGUCUGGACAUACUGAUGAGGUGCUGGACAUAUGUUUCGACUGGGCUGGUCAGCGCAUGGCGACAGCCUCCAGCGACUGUUCUGCCAGGGUCUAUGAUGUCAAGUCGGACUUCAAGGAGCUCGCCGUCAUGAAGGGACACCGCGGCGAAGUGUCCAAGGUUUGCUUCAGUCCAGCGGGUGGUUGUCUCCUGACAGCAUCAGCAGACAGAAGCUCGCGGAUAUGGAACACUACCACCGGGAACUGCAUUCAGGUCCUGUCAGGUCACCAGGGUGAGAUCUUCUCGUGUGCAUUCUCCUACGAAGGUGACGCCAUCAUCACCGCCUCCAAGGACAACACGUGCAGGAUCUGGAGAUGAUUGGACUGGUGGAUGUAGACCAUCCCCCAGGAAAUUACAACAAACUUCCAAUAAAAUAAAGGACUUUUAAUAAAACGCAAGAUGAUACAGAUUUGAAAGAACAUAAGCUUUCCUUGCCCUAGUGUACACGAUUUCUAAUCAACUGACUUUGACUUUGACUUUAAAAAAAAUGCGUCAAUGUAGCGUAGUUGCUAAAGUUUAUACUUAAUGCGGAUUUUCUUUAAUUUUUACGUAGAUACUUAGUGCAGCUUUCGGAAGAUCAUGGUAUAUCUACAUUUUUUAUAAUUAAGUAAUCAUCCUGCAUUUACAACAAUUCGUAUCAAGUCACCAUCAUACGUCGUCGUCACCAUCUGGUACCAUUUGGCCACAUUUAUAAAUAAGUCCUUCAACAUCUGUACAAUAAUUCAGUUAUUUAAUUUAGUUUACCUAGAUCUAAUAUCUAUUUAUUAAAACAAGAUUCGGUAUUAAAUAAAGUCAUAUAAAAACAAUA